AUGACCUUGGGGGCGCUCUACUUUGACCUCCGGAAGCUGAAGGGGGCGCUGAAGACGGCGGGGGGCGGGGUCAAGAAGAGGACGAAGGACCUGGACAACGACUACGAGAAGAUUCGCACGGUGGGGAGGAUGGCUCUCAACGAAUGCAACGUCCUAGCCAUGCUCGACCAUCCGAACAUCGUCAGCUACAUGGACAGCUUCGAACGUGACACCGUCCUGUGCAUCGAGAUGGAGUACGCCGACGGGGGCAGCAUGCAGCAGUACCUGACGCAGCAGGUGAAGCGAAUCGAGGAGCGAGAGAUUCUCAUCAUAUUCCACCAGAUAGCGGCGGCCAUUCGCUACAUGCACGAGCACCAUAUUCUACACAGGUGGGUUUUGUGUUUAUGGGCUGGGGUCGUGAAGGUGGGCGACUUCGGGAUCAGCAAAAUGCUCUCCACCAAGACCAAUCACGCCCAUACAGUGCUCGGGACGCCCUAUUACAUCAGCCCGGAGAUGGGUGGGUGUGGCUGCGAAGGCAAGCAGUAUGACGAGAAGAGUGACAUCUGGGCUCUGGGUUGCAUCUUGUACGAAAUGGCUUGCUUGCAGAAGACAUUCGAAGGGUCGAACUUGCCAGCGCUCGUCAACAAGAUCAUGAAGGGUCACUUCGCGCCCAUCAAGGGAAAUUAUUCGCCAGGGUUCAAACAGCUGGUCAGGGAUCUGCUGCAAAGGGACCCCGAAUUUAGGCCUACGGCGGCUGAGCUCGUGUCAGAGAGGCUGCCCGAACUCCUGGCACAGUUCUCGUACAGCCCCCUCGGUGUGGAUGAAAUAGACGAGGAGAUCAAGCAGUCGAUUGAGGUGGCAAGGCAGUCACAGGCAUCCAGGUCCUCCGCCCCCCGCUCGGUCGUCUACCACAUGAAGGUCUACGAGUCUUCGAUCAGCCUGACCCCGGUGCCCCUCCCGCCGAGGUCAAGGGUCAAGGAGAUGGCUGUGUCCAAUACCCACAUCGUUCUGCUGACCUCCGGGACUGACGCGAGGAAUCCCCAUGAGCGCGUCGCCCUCAGGAUAAUGUCAACGAGCGCAUCCCUAGUGGAUGGCCUGACGAGCCGGGUCUAG